AUGGAUCCGGGCAUGGAUCCGGGGAUGGAUCCGGCCGGAGCGCUGCCGGCGCUGGAGCGGGAGCUGCGGGCGGCGCUGGCGGACGACGAGCGGCGGCAGCGGGAGGGCGAGGCCAAGCUGCGGGCGCUGCGCCAGGGCGUCCCUGACUACGACCAGUUCAGGGAGAUUGUGCUGGCCUCACACCUGAAGCCUCUGGAGAAGAAGGACAGGCUGGGCCAAAGGAGGAAUGUGCUGUGGAAUCCCUGUGCAGCCCCGGGCAAGGCAGCACCUGGCCACACUGUGGAGAUCCCACAGGUCAAGGAGACCCCACAGGAACUGGAUCACAUGCCCAGGACUGCUGCAGAAUUUCACGGAGACUGGCGCAGAUGCUUCAAAAGUGGGACAGAGAAAUACCAGUUUUUGCUGGAGCUCGGAGGGGAGGCCUUGGGCAGGAUCUUCCAGGUUGAUGUGGGCUUUGGUCUCCUGGGGGAAUUCCUGACAGUGCUGGCAGAGAACAUCUGUCCUGGAGACAGAGCUGCCGUCCUUCAGAUCCUACAGAGCCUGGCGGGCACCAAGCGCUUCGGGCUGAACGUGGCUCUCCUGAGCCAGGCAGAGAAGGAGAGCAGGCAGGAUUUGUUCAGGAAGCUGCAGAGCAGGGAUUGUCAGGCUGCUGGACAGCCUGGCAGCCCAGCCAACUGUGAGGCAGGGAGGGAAGCCCAUCCCAUGGAGACCCACUUAGAAAAGGAAACUGAGGAGGAGAGGACAGUGGUGGAGCUGAUGAAGUGUUACCAGGUCAGCUGAGGGAGCAGGAGCACCAGGAUUGAGCAGAAACAAGGUUAAAGAGGCUCAGAAAAAAACCCAGAACUUGACUUUGCCAUCACCGAGGGCACAAAUAAAAUUUAGCUCCCAAGCUGUGGUGCUGUGAUCUCUGAGCAGUGUCCUCACAGAUGGGUAUGGGAGAUUCUCUUGGAUAAGGAGAAAACUGCAGGAAAGAAAACAUUGGGU